CACAUGACCAUUGUCAUUUUAAUAAACUCUUCCGCGACAGUCUUCGUUCACAACACACAGUGGACGAGAAGUUGAUUGGAAGGUCUAAAGGUUCAUUUAUUUCUACAGUUUCCGGAGAAAAGAAAGUGGUGUAUUAUUUCUCCGUCGGAUUCGGUAUGCAGCGAGCAACAGUUGUAUGUUUGCUGACCUUCUUAGCAGUCACACUAGCUCUGGACAAUGGUUUAAUGAGGACCCCGCCUAUGGGCUGGUUGGCAUGGGAACGAUUCCGCUGUGACAUUGACUGUGAGAAUGACCCCCAAAACUGUAUUAGUGAGGUUCUUUUCAGGGACAUGGCAGAUAGACUGGCUGAGGACGGUUGGAGGGAGUUGGGUUAUGUCUAUGUCAAUAUUGACGACUGCUGGUCUUCGAAAGAGAGAGAUGCACAGGGACGACUCCAGGCAGAUCCUAAGAGGUUCCCAGGUGGCAUUGCUAAACUGGCACGCUAUGUUCAUGAUCGUGGGCUGAAGUUGGGUAUCUAUGGUGAUUUGGGGACUUACACUUGUGGAGGUUACCCUGGCACCACCCUGGAUAAAAUUGAAAUAGAUGCUCAGACCUUCGCUGAAUGGGGCAUAGACAUGCUCAAACUGGAUGGCUGCUACUCCAACUCCACUGAACAGGAACAAGGCUACCCACUCAUGACGAAGGCACUCAAUGCCACCGGCCGCCCAAUUGGCUAUUCAUGCAGUUGGCCUGCAUACCAGGGUGGGCUUCCUCCCAAAGUCAACUACACCCUGCUUGGAGAGAUCUGCAAUCUUUGGCGUAAUUAUGGUGAUAUUCAGGACUCAUGGGACAGUGUCUUGGACAUUGUGGACUGGUUUACUGAACAUCAGGACAUCCUGCAGCCUGCUGCUGGACCAGGACACUGGAAUGACCCUGACAUGCUGAUCAUUGGAGAUUAUGGCCUCAGCGUGGACCAGUCACGUUCUCAGAUGGCACUGUGGGCAAUAAUGGCUGCUCCUCUACUCAUGUCUAAUGAUUUGCGGACUCUAAACAGUGGUGCACGUGCUAUACUGCAAAAUAAAGUUGCAAUAGCCAUCAACCAGGAUCCCUUGGGCAUACAAGGCAGACGCCUGAUAAAGGAAAAGAAUGGUAUAGAUGUGUUCUGGCGUCCUCUGUCUGGCGCUUCGAGCGCUUUGGUCUUUUUCAGCAGAAGAACUGAUAUGCCAUAUCGCUAUCAGACAUCUCUGAAGGCUCUCAACUACACAGCAGGCACCUAUAAGGUGUAUGAUGUGUUCUUGGAGAAGCUGAUGCCUGUAUUGAAGGAUGCCACAGAGUUUGUUGUUUCCAUUAACCCCACUGGAGUAGUCAUGUGGUAUGUUUACCCAUCCACCAAGUGGCAGGAGGAGGCAGAGUCUUUUCGCUUCAGUAACAAACUGACCGGCCCGAAGUUCUAUCAAAGAGAACACAAUGCUUAUUCUCCUAUUGUGCUAUGAAACUGUUUUCUAAAUAGCUGCACCAUCCAAAAGCAGUACCACUCCCAUCCCUUGUCCAGUCUUUCAGCAGAGUAGGUUUUAAGACUUAAUAUUUGAAUGUAAUGCUUUAGUUUGAAUAUGAAGGGGUAGUGAUAUAAAUUGCUUCUAAGCACUUCAUUUUUAAUUCAACUUUUUUAACAUUUACAAAUUCAGAGGGCAAUUGAGAGGAAUCUCGUUUGGGGAAAAGCCUGCUUUGAAUUAUUGCAACCCUUUCCAAGUAGACACCACUGAUUUAUAACGCAGUUUAAAAGUGCAUCAACAGCAGUGCCUUUGUAAUAUCUGUUUUACAAAUAGGUUUUUCCUGUACAUGCAUGCUGAUGAUACAGUGUUUGAACAGUGCAGCUAUUGGCAUUACACUCUGCAGAUUGCCUCUUUACCCAGUCAUGACACUGCUGUCCACUUGGAUGUCAGUGCACUGCAAUUCACACUCAGGGAAAAUCAGCCAAUAAGACUUUUGUUUACAAUCAACGCCUCAGAAGGGAAAGUCUAGCUUGAAAUAGACUUGAUUUAUGAUUUUAUUUUUUAGCUUUUCUCUCUUAAUCUUUGUUAUUUUAUAGGCCAGGGGUCGGCAACAUAUGGCUGUUUCACUGCCCUGUUGAGGCUCCACAAUUAAUUGCUCUGAUGGAAAUUGCAAUACACUAUUGAACUGUGUUCUGUAACUGUCAUGGUGUGAAUUGUGUGGUCCAAAAAUGUACUGUACUGCUCAUUGCAUAAAUCAGCUUCUUUACAGAUGGUCAUUUUAAAAUGUGAUUAAAUGUCUGAUCUUUUCA